AUGACAUCUUUAAUUCAAUGUUCUUGUAAAUCAUCAACAACACCUUAUUUCUCAGUGCAUUAUGCCGAGUUAGGAAAACGUUUUGUUUUGGAUGUUAAAGUUUAUUACGUUUUGUAUACGUGGCUAAAAGACGACAAACCAUUAGCUAUUGAAACCUGUAGUUAUGGAUCCCAGAGCACUAAUCCCCGAAUCUAUUCAUGCAGUGGCGAUCCGGACUUAAUUUUCAGGAAAACUAAACUUGAAGAUAGUGGUAAAUAUAUCCUAGAAUUGUCAUGCCCUGGUAGAAAAAUCUAUUCGUUUGAAAUGAUUGUUGAAGCUAAGCCUUUUGUCUUUAUCGAUUGCAACGAUAUGACGGUAAACGAAGGUGACAGUAUUACUUGUAUAUGUAAAGCUACGAACGAAAUGCCCUUUGCUACAGUGUCAUGGCAAUGGAAUAAACUUGAAGAAGGGAAUUUAGGAAGGAAAGAUCUCAGUGAUAUUUUAAUACUUCGAAAUCUUUCAAGAAAUCAAAGUGGAACAUACACAUGCCUCGCUAAAAGUCGCAAUUUGGUAAACAAAUCAUAUGCAUCGUUCCACCUUAAAGUUAUGCCUAAAACCUCUACAAAUUCAACAGUUGAAAUACAAUAUUUUAAAGUUUUUCAAGAAUUUGGUGUUGGUUAUAGCGAACUGUCUCUCUUCUGCAAAGCAGAAGGCUUCCCAAAACCUAAUUACACGAUUUCACACAAUGGAACUGCAGUAAAAUUUGGAAACACGUACACUGUAGACACAGGAAAGAUUUCCAGUCUGGGACAGUACGAAUGUUUGGCAAAAAAUGGAGCGAGUUCUGACAAGCGUUUGUUAUUUCUAAAUGAGAGUUUAUUUGUCAAGUCAUGUUUGGAUAAAGAAAUACGAAAGGCUGAAACGGAAUGGGAAGUGGUGUUUAUCGUUGGAGCUUGUUCAUUCCUGGCAGGAAUUAUAGUGUUGUACGUUUCGAUGUGUUGUUGUAAGAAAUUUAAAAAGGAUGGUGUUGGUUAUGAGAAUGCGGCAUAUGUCGACGUCUCUGCACGAAAUGCGCACGGAAGACUGGGGCCGGCAAGUGACAACGUGGAGAUGAGAUUACGUCAUACAUCGGACAGUCCUGGAAACGAGGAAGUACCUUAUGAUUUGCCUGUGGUUGAGAACACGAGAGACCAUGAUUACUAUAAUGACAACGGUUAUCAGGAAUUAAGUGAAGAUCGUGAAAAGGAUGAGGAGAGAUAUCAGUCUUUGAAUCUAAUAGAUUCAUGA